ACAAACAAAAACAAGCACAUCAACAAUUAUAAAAUACAAUUAAUUGAAAAUAUUAAUGCAAAAUAAAGUAUUAUUGUUUAAAGAAAAAAGUAAGUAAACUAUUAUUAUUACUUAGAGAUGUAUGAAGUCUCUAAAUGUUGAAUUACAAAAAAAAAAAAAAACAGAUACAAAAAGAAAUCUAAAAUUACUUAGAGGUGUAAAUAUCUCUAAAUGUCAGAACUAAAUGAUUUUUAUCAAAUUAUCCUUAGAGAUGUAAAGAGUCUCUAAGAGUCAAAAAUUCAGUAUAAUUAAAACAUUCAUCAGGAUAAAAGAAACAUACGAGAACCGAAUGAGGUGUCUCUCUAAGACUAAUUUGAUAAAAGUCAUUUAGUUCUGACAUUUAGAGAUAUUUACACCUCUGGAUAAUUUCAGUUUUUUUUUGUAUCCCUUUUUUUUAUUAUUAUUAUUUUAGUAAUUUUUUUGUAAUUGUAUUUUAUACUUAAUUGUUGAUGUGCUUGUUUUUGUUUGUAUGUAAAUUCCAUGUUGACGUGUAAAAGUGCCCUUGUGGCCUAUUUGCUGAAUAAAUGUUGAAGUUGAAGCAGACCAGUCUCCACAUGGCUUUAUUCCAGGUACGGCAUCCCUCGCGACGAAAGCGCAAAUUUCCGUCGCGCAGUAGAAACACUGUGCCCCGCCUACUGUCAGAACAAGUCCAUCUGGCUGGCCUCCGAGAUCACCAUGGUGCCACCCAACAUCCUCAGCGAGCAUGGAGUGAAGCUGUCAAGGCUGCUGCAGCGGCCCGGGGAAUAUGUCCUGGUGUUCCCCGAAGCCCAUUCCUGCUCAAUAACUACUGGGUUCGGGAUAUCGGAGAGUGUAUACUUUGCAUCAAACGCUUGGCUGACGGAUGUGUUUAAACUGUUUCAAGAGCUGCGCAACAGCUGCGAGCCGACCAUGUUCUCCCUGGAGCAGCUCCUCCUGAACGGCAGCGCCGACUCCUCGGCCCCUCACCAGGUGUGCUCCGUGCUGGCCACGCUGCUCAGCGCCGAGCUGGAGCACCGCCGCGCCCUCGACCACAAGGGGCUCAAGGUGCAAGAACGUCCCCCAUCGUCGGCGCCGCUCAACACGUCGUACUUCCGCGCGUGGAACACUCGCGACCAAGACGAGUGCGAGUACUGCCGCUCCACCCUGUUCCUGUCCAAGGUUAGACAUCACUAAACGUAGCUCGCAGUAUCAACCCCCGCCGCCGCCGGUCACGUAGUCCGCGCGUGGAACACUCGCGACCAAGACGAGUGCGAGUACUGCCGCUCCACCCUGUUCCUGUCCAAGGUUAGACAUCACUAAACGUAGCUCGCAGUAUCACACCCCGCCACCGCCGGUCACGUAGUCCGCGCGUGGAACACUCGCGACCAAGACGAGUGCGAGUUCUACCGCUACACGCUGUUCCUGUCCAAGGUUAGAAAUCACUAAACGUAGUUCGCAGUAUCAACCCCCGCCGCCGCCGGUCACGUAGUCCGCGCGUGGAACACUCGCGACCAAGUCGAGUGCGAGUUCUACCGCUACACGCAGUUCCUGUCCAAGGUUAGACAUCACUAAACGUAGCUCGCAGUAUCAACCCCCGCCGCCGCCGGUCACGUAGUCCGCGCGUGGAACACUCGCGACCAAGUCGAGUGCGAGUUCUGCCGCUCCACCCUGUUCCUGUCCAAGGUUAGACAUCACUAAACGUAGCUCUCAGUAUCACACCCCGCCACCGCCGGUCACGUAGUCCGCGCGUGGAACACUCGCGACCAAGUCGAGUGCGAGUUCUACCGCUACACGCAGUUCCUGUCCAAGGUUAGACAUCACUAAACGUAGCUCUCAGUAUCACACCCCGCCACCGCCGGUCACGUAGUCCGCGCGUGGAACACUCGCUACCAAGACGAGUGCGAGUACUGCCGCUCCACCCUGUUCCUGUCCAAGGUUAGACAUCACUAAACGUAGCUCUCAGUAUCACACCCCGCCACCGCCGGUCACGUAUUCCGCGGCCUUAUAGCCAUGCACUUAUAAUCAUUUUCUCAAGUUCCGCGCGUACAGGACAACACUCGUCUUGUUAACACAUUACGUAACUAUGUCGAAAGUUUAAAGGGCCAUAUUUACUGUAAAACGUUGUACGAUACAUGUGAGAAUUUCCUAUUUUUCGCCCUUGUAUCGUAAUGUACAGUCGCCAUCAGAUAUAUCGGAGCGGUCGAGGUGCUCAAAAAUAUCUGAACACGCACUUUUAACGCCUUGAUAAUAGACGUGUGUUCAGAUAUUUGGCUGUUAUUUGGGUUAGUAAAUAUUUCAUAGAAAGUUUAUAAUAUGCGUGUAGAUAAAAUAGUGUACGUAACUGUACAUAAUUAGGCAUUAAAACACUCGUGUGAUCUUUUUAAGAAACUCACUUCGUUCGUUUCUUAAACCCACACUCGCGUAUUUUAAUGCCUUUUAUUAUGUAGCAGUUACCAUAACUACGAUUACAACCCUUUAACUUUUCGACAUAGUUACAUAAUGUGUUAAUUUACGCACUAGUGCGGAAAAGUAGCAGCAUGUGUACUGUAAUAGUACAUUGUGCAACGAGGGGGGAAAGUGAAAUUUUGGACACGAGGGUGAUAAUCUAAGACUCGAGUUUGCAAUAUUCUUACCCCCGGAGCUACUUUAUAGCACUAGUGCGAAAAUUACCAUAUUACGCUAGGGAGUUAUAGCUUUUUCUUCACAAUCCAUCAUUCUGAAAUCCUGCGUCGUUCUGGCCUCUAUGGUAUGGAGGCUCUACUAAUGCAGCGACAGCUAGGGUGGUGUGGACAUGUCCUCCGUAUGGAUGACCGCCGGUUGCCCAAAACCGUAUUCUACUCUGAAUUGGUGGAAGGCAAACGCAAGCACGGCGGUCAGCAUCUGCGUUACAAGGACGUGCUCAAACGACACCUGAAUGCUUGCAACAUCAACCCUGAGCGCUGGGAGGAGCUUGCUGCAGACAGAGCAUCUUGGCGGUCCACCAUUUUUAACCACAUCAAAUCGUUUGAGGAAAACCGCCUCAAUGCCUUAGAUACCAAACGCCAACAACGUAAAGAGAGACCGAAGCCCUCUUACACGUAUACAUACAACGCGUCUGGCCAACUCUAUUGUAACACCUGUAAAAGAGUCUUUAAGACCAAGUUCGGCCUGGCCAGCCACAUUAGGGCCCAUAAUCGGCGUAAUCCGUAAUUGCUGAGGUCGCCGUCAUCGAAAUCGAUGAGGAGGACUAUAUAUGAAAUAAGAUCUUUUUCGAGCAAGUGUGAUGAAAAUAACUAUUAUUGUAUAGGUGACCGGGCUCACGGGCCGCAAGUCCGCCGUGUGCCCCGAGCACGCGCUCCGCCUGCUGGAGACCAGGAAGCACAAGAACGUGGAUCUGCACACGCUCGAGUUCCUCUCGUCGUUCACCACGCCCGCGCUCGAGGAGAUGCUGGAGCGGCUCGACGCGCGCACCGCCGGCGACCAGAGCGCCCACGCGGACCCCGAGUAGAGGUCAGUCAUAUUCACAUUUAUUUUACGAGGGGGGUGGGGUUAGGGUCGGCAACGCGCAUGUAACUCCUCUGGAGUUGCAGGUGUACAUAGGCCACGGAGACUGCUUACCAUCAGGCAGGCCGUAUGCUUGUUUGCCACCGACGUAGUAUAAAAAAAAAGCAUACAUUGUCAUUUUUUUUUUUAAUAUUAUAGGACAUUACUACACAAAUUCCGAAAAACUCAUUGGUACGAGCCAGGAUUUGAACCCGCGACCUCCGGAUUGAAAGUCGGACGUCAUAUCCACUCGGCCACCACCGCUUCCUUAUGUACGAAAUAUCAUUUUUAAAUAGUAUUUAUAAAUAUUUAUAUAUUAUAUAUAUCGUUGUCUAAGUACCUUCAACACAAGCCUUAUUGAGCUUACUGUGGGACUUAGUUAAUUUGCUUUUCGGUGAAGGAAAUCAUCUUGAGGAAACCUGCAUACAUCUGCGAAGAAAUUCAAAGGUGUAUGUGAAGUCCCCAAUCCGCAUUGGGCUAGCGUGGGGACUAUAGCCCGAGCCCUCUCGCGUAUGAGAGGAGGCCUGUGCCCAGCAGUGGGACGUAUAUAGGCUGAAUUAUUAUUAUUUUAUUAACAUAAAACAAUAAAUUGUGCCUAAUAAUAACACAGGUAAGGAGUAAAUAAUAAAAAUCUGUAGAAAUAAGAAAUAAAAUAUCAAUAUUAAUUCAUGUCAAAAAUUUAUUGGUUUUUUAAAGCUAUUCAGUCAGAAGUCCAGUUACGGAAAAGUAGACCUUCUGGAUUAAGAAAGAUUUCAAUUUUGAGACAAAUCCGAGAUAGCUAGGUGUGUUUUUUAUACAUGUUAUGUAACCCUCUUCAAUUCUCAGUCUAAAGUGAAGUCAUUAGUAAUAGGCUGAAUCAACUUUUUUUGUUUUGUUAUUCUGUCCCGUUGUCCAAGGGACAACAGUGGCACAGUUUGUUUGAAGAGACGUUGUAUGCCGUUCUAUUAACAUGCUUAGUAGGGGGCCCAUUAUGGACAUUGGUUAUAACGACCACAAAAACGCAAGUUUAAUACAUUUAAGUACCAUAGAAUCAGUAUUUCAAUGAACUUUUGUCCCCUGGACAACUAAUCGUAACCAUGGCAACGAGUGACGUAAAAAGUUGAUUCUCCCAAUAGUACAUUGUGCAACGAGGGGGGUAAGUGAAAUUUUGUACGAACUAAUUCGAUAAUAUCGAGCCUUUUCUAAAAACCCCAAAUUAGGUUGCGUUGUUUUAUCACAGAGUUCCUAUGUCCACCUCUUGUCUCCAUCAUCAGAUCAGCUCGAUGGUACCAUAAUAUUGCAUUGUCACCCGAGUUACAUAUGUAUGCAAAAUUUCAGCUCAAUCGGAAACCGGGAAGUUGGUCAAAUUUAACUUGCAAGAUUUGUUUACAGACAACGGUCAGGUGAAAGUAAAUAAAAGCUUGUUAAAAUUAUGUCUAUUUAAAAAAAUUGCGAUAUUUUCUUUUAGACGAAACCAGUGCAUCCACUCAAAAUGCCUCAGGAGCACACUGCAGCCGUCGACAGGAACGGCCGGAGCCCCUUCACUGAUGUUUCCAGGCCGAAUAGGGCUUACGAUUCCGGGAUCCCGCGCAUUUAGUCCCACUUGUUGUGGGAUUCCGAUCCCGCGGGAUUCGGGAUGUAGUUUGUAUCGUCAGCCUCCCAUCUUACAAGCCGGGAGAUAACGUUGCCAUUUUUUUAAACUGCGCACCGCAUAAGGUACCUACGCCAAAGGGUACUUAAACUGGCCUACUUCCAAAAUGGUUUGCUAUUGUGAAAUCAGUCAAACAAGUUCGUUAAUAGAAAAAAGCGCGGAUUUCAAAUUGUCUAUGGGACGAUAACAUUUCGCGCAUACAUUUUUUAAAUAUGCCACUUUUUUUCUACUGACUGAAAUUGCUUGACAGACCAUAAGUGUGAAUUUUGCGUCCGUAUUCGCUAGUGUCAUAGACAAAACUACAAGUUCACGUAAAAUAUAAGCAAAAUAAAAACGGGCCUUAUUUGGAGCAGGUACCUUAUUUUUGAUGAUUUUAACAAACGUGCGUUUUGAAUAUUUAGAAAAUAAUACUUUUUGUUUAAAUGAAAUUAAUUUAGUUUUCAUUUAUAAUGGUAAUUUGUAAAAGAGGGGUCCUCUAUUAAUAACAUCACACGAGGGGGAGGGAGG